UGUUUAGUUUAGAAUUUAGAUGCGGAGCGGAAUGUGUGUUCGGCGAUUUUAUCAGAAAUUGAAGUUGAUUAGUGAUUAGUGUAAUGCAUCAUAUAGUUUGAUGAGCAAUCCUACGAGUACUUAAUGAGCAUUAACGUUGUUAUAAAUUCGCGUACAUUGUAAAUUAUAACAUAAAUUUGUGACGGUGAUCGUACGACUCGAUAUUUCCGCCGCUAUAACGAUGAUAAAUGAUAAAUAAUCGCGGUCCUUCGGCAACAUGUGCAUGUGCCCUGACAAACAACUUUACUUUUCCGGUAUCGUCGAUAUAUAAAUAACGUGUACUUAUAGUUUAAUUUACCGAACUAUGUGAUCAAGUAUCAAAUCAAACAUGCCCGAAUUUAUCGUAAAGCAUUCCGGUAGAAAGCACGACGUUGCUAGAUUCUUACACUUCCAUCCCGGUGGAGCAAACACCCUGAAAAGUUUCGAAGGCUGCGACAUUACCGAUCAACUGCUAAAAACUCAGCAUGCUCCUUCGGCUUACGAAUUGCUGAAAGAUUACCGGCUAAAAGAGCCCAGUAAGGAUGAUCCCAAUGAAGAAGAUUUAGAAUCUUUGGUGAACUGGGAAAAACCAAUGUUCUGGCAAGUUGGAUCGCUCGGAUCGAAUUACAACAAAUGGGUAUUGUCACCGGUGGAUCGUAAAUUAAGGCUGUUUCAGUAUGACUUUAUGGAAUUAAUGACAGUUACCCCUUGGUACUUGGUACCGUCGGUGUGGGUUCCAGUUUCGCUAUAUUUAAUGUAUUGUGGAUAUUUACGUUUCCUGAAUAUUCCCCCAUUUGAUACCUGCAGUGGAAGUUUUACAGUGGCAGUAUUAUUUUUUACGGCUGUUUUAGGAUAUUUCAUAUGGCCUCUAAUCGAAUAUUCCAUUCAUCGGUGGAUAUUCCAUAUCACCCCACCAGAUGAUUCUCCACUUUUAAUCACUUUGCAUUUUGGUAUUCAUGGGUUACAUCAUAAGGUUCCGUUCGAUGACCAAAGGUUAUUAUUCCCACCGGCUGCUACCGCACUAAUUGUUUGGGGUAUACACGGGAUACUCAGAUUAUUUUUACCACUUUUUAUAACUUUGCCCUUGCUUGCUGGUGGUAUUUUAGGAUAUGUCACGUAUGAUCUAAUGCAUUUUUAUCUGCAUUACGGUUCGCCCAACGAGGGCAGCUAUUUCUAUCAUAUGAAACGAUACCACAAUCAGCAUCAUUUCACCAACCACCAGCACGGAUUCGGUAUCAGUUGUCCUUUAUGGGAUUACGUAUUCGAUACUGCGAUAAAACUGAAAAAACUGAAAUACCACAUGAAAUGGUGAUUUUCUCAGAACGUUUCCACAAAUCAAUUGGAUCUUAUUAAAUCAAAAACCAUACCACACCUCACUUUCGACGUACAAGCAUAUUACAUAUGUAUAAUAGAUUAGUCAUUUUAUUUUCUUACUUUUUGAUUUGCAUUUCAAAAGAAAAACCAACUUGUGAUAUAUUUUAUUUUGCUUUUCUUUUUCUUUUUUUUGUCUCGCUCAUAAUAAAUGAAUUUCUUUAAAAACUUA